UCCCUCCCAAUCCACAACUCUCCAGGGACUGGGUCACCCUGGACCUUGCUACUUCCUGCUCUGGCAGUCCCCUCUCAGACCCGAUGGAGCUAUGGAUACAGCUGAAGCAAGCUGGCCUAGAGCCCUCAGGGCUCGGCCCACCUCCCCCUGCCCUGAGGGAACCCCCACCAGAGGAGAGCUUGAGCCAGACACUGCUGUCACCAGGGCCAGACCGUGAAGAAGCCCAGGAGAGCCUGCAGUGGAUCUGGGAGGAGCUGGGCAGCCUACGCAGAAUGGAUAUCCAGUUGCUGGGCCAGCUGUGCAGCCUGGGGCUGGAGAUGGGAGCUCUUCGGGAGGAGCUGGUUGCCAUCCUAGAAGAGGAGGAGGAGGUCUAUGAAGAGGAAGAAGAGGAGGAGUCUCAGGAGAAGAGGGAGGAAGCACACUUAGGGGUCUUCGGCCUGGCCACUCGCCUCCCUGACUUUGAGAUGACUAUCUGAGGUGCAGGCUCUGCAGCCAGGAGCAGCUGGAGAGGACAUCACAGCUGCAAGAAACACGCGCUGAGGAAGUUGUUACAGGGAAGAUUGGAGUCUCCUAUAUGACUUCUGCCCUGCGUGUCCUCCGAGCGUGGAGAUGGCUGGGAAGAUGGCUGCAGCCCCAGCCUGGCCUUGCAGGGACUGAGCCUGCUCCAGAUGCAUGGUGAAUGUUUCCGUCCCAAGAUUCAGUUGUCAGGGGCAUGGCUCAGGGGUAAAGUACCUGCCAAAUAUAGGCGACUCUGUACUCACCAGCAAUGCCAAGCAAGCAAGUGAACAAACAAAUGUAUCA